GACCAUCGCCAGCCAAGCGGUUGCUGCCCGCCAGGGCUUCUUGCUGCCGAGGAGGUCGUCGGCCGCAGCCAGGAUGACGAAGAAGGGCACCGAGUCUGUCAAGAGGCACUACACGGACUUGGGCUUCAUUGGAGAACCGAAGAAGGGGAACAAGAAGCGGCGAUGCAAUUAUUGCGACCUGAUGGUGUCUGGCACUGCAACCAGAGCCAGACGCCAUUUUCUUGUGGCAUCACGGUGCAAAAUCGAGCGGUUGAAAGGGGUUGUGUCGAAGGAGGACUACCAGCGGAGGGAGAGGGGGAAGAAGGCCGCAUUGGAAGAGGUUGGGGCCCUUGGGGGUGCAGCCGCAGCGGAAAUGGAGAGCUCCGAGGAGGACGAGAACACGCCUGGUGAGGUGAUGGGAAACAAGACCACGGAAGUUGCUGCGUCCAGUUCAGGGGUGCGCGCGCGGCAGUCAACCAUCCUCGACUGUGGGGCGGUUUUGACUAAGCAUGAGGAGACUCAGCUGAAGAUCAACGAUUGGAUGACGGCACACUGCAUCCCAUUCCACAUGAUGAGGAGUGAGGAAUGGGAGGCGAUGGUGGAGGCGCUGAAGAAUGCACCCCCGUCCUUCCAAUAUGCCAGGUUCGAGAAGCCACGAACCACAUGGGUCGAAAGCAAGAGGGCACGGGUUGCAGUGAGGAUAGAGGAACUGAGGAGGGAGUGGCCCAUCACCGGUUGCAUGUUGCAACUGGACGGGUGGACAGACCGGCGGUCCAGGCCACACAUCAACGUGAUGGUCUCCUUCCCCAGGGGCGCCGUGUUUUGGAAGAGUGUCUGCAUGAGCAACCGCGACAAGGGUGCUGCUGCCUACCACUCCAUCUUGAAGAGUGUGAUAGAGGAGAUAGGGGAGGAUGCUGUGGUUGGUGUCCUAAUGGACAACGCUGCAGUUUGUGCGGCCGCGGGUCGCAUGGUGGAGAGGGAUUACCCACACAUCUACUCCGUGCCUUGCUCAGCGCAUUGCCUUGACCUCAUGUUUGAGGCGUUCUCGAAGAUUCUGUGGGUAGAAGAGGCCCUGCAGCGGGCGUUGGACCUUGCGAAAUUUCUCGUGAACCAUGGACGGGUGCUUGACUUGCUGCACGAGAAAUCCAAUGGCAAAGUUGUGGCAAGACCAGGCGCAACCCGUUUUGCCACAAACUUCAUCACGGUUGACAGCCUGCAGCAGCUGUACCUGCCUCUCCGGGCGUGCGUGACGGACCCUGCGUGGAAAAACGGGAUCGAGCUACCGAGUCAACGCCAGUUGUUGAAGGAGGCGACGGAUUCUAUCCUCGACGACAGUUUCUGGGCUGGCAUAGAGAAAUUGCAGGAGACGUCGAAAGAGUUACUGACCCUGUUGAAGUUGGUGGACAGCCCUGGUCCAACAAUCAGCAAGGUGUACGGGCGACUCGACCGUGCGGUAGAGAUGUUAAGGGCGAGUGAAUUCUUCAGCGAUGCCGAGAAAGACGAGCUGGAGGAGACUGUCAUGCGCCGCUGGAACACAAUGAAUUCGCCGCUGCAUUGUGCGGCGAUGUUUUUGGAUCCGGAAUACAAGACGACACAACCGGAGAAGGAUGCGGAGGUCUUAGAUGGAUUUUGGGUAUGGGUGUAUUCAUGGUGCAAGCCAUCAACGUACGUGGAGGUGGACGCGGAAGUGAACUGUUGGAUUGAGGGCACAGGCAGGUUCAACUGCGAAGAGGCCAGGGCAGCAGCACGAAGUGCACAACCCACAAGAUGGUGGAAGAAAUGGUGCAGUGACAUGCCACACCUCCAGAAGCACGCAGUUCGCCUGCUUGGUCAAAGCUCCUCCUCCUCUGCCUGCGAAAGAAACUGGAGCCUCUUUGAGCGGAUCCACUCCAAGGCCAGAAAUGCGUUGUCGGUGAAGAAGUUGAGCACACUAGUUUACAACAGAUGGAACCACCAUUUGUUGGCCCGCUUAGAAAAAAAGUCGGAAACCGGUGUCGGUGACAUUCCAUGGGAGGAGGAUCGCGUACUCACGGAGGAGGAGCUUGCAGCAGAUGCAAAAGAGCGGGUGGACGAGUGGCGAAACCGGCUGCGUGCGGCAAACGAAGCGGCUGAAGCGGGCGAUGACGAAGACGACGACGACGAUGAGGACGAUGAUGAACCAGUCGUCGAAAAUGCUUUUGCGGUCGAUUAUGACCCGCAAGAAGCCCCGGGGCAGUUGCGGCGGCGGAGGCUGCGCAGCGAUCUCCUUCGGCUCGAGGCAGAUCUCAAUGAUUCAUGGAGGAAGACGAUGCGGCCUUCCAAGUACCUCGCCAGGCAGCAUCUCCGAGAGAUGCAGCGGACAGCGAAGACCAUGACGGCUGAGCACUCUGAGCAAUAUAGAGCUGCUCGCGCGAAGGCACUCGAACCCGCCACCAAACCGGCUAAGCAAGGGAGGGGGAGACCGCGGAAAGCCCCGGUGCAGCAAGUUGAUGAUGCAGCAGCUCAGAGGGCAACAAAUGGAGAAGUGGAGGGUGGUGGUGGCAGCGGCUCCAAUGCAGAAGCUACUGCACCAAAACGGGCCAAACGUGGGCAAGGUAGACGACGCAAGUCCCUUAAAGACACGGAGGAGGAGGAGGCAGCAGUGCGAAUGGCAAGCAGCAGCAGGGGUGGUGGCAGUGCCGCACGUGAUGCGAGUGAAGAGGAUGGGAGUGAUAUCCCUGCGGACAGGGAGGACGCAAGUGCAGGCGAGACCAGUGGUGAUAGCCCUGCGGACAGGGAGGACGCAAGCGCAGGCGAGGGCAGUGGUAGUAGCUCAGCAAAAGAGGAUGAGUGCACUUCUGAAGAUGAGCCACUGGCUGCAAAGGCUGCAAAGAAACAGAGAAUAUCAAGCUAGAGAGAGAGAGAGAGAGAGAGAGAGAGAGAGAGAGAGAGAGAGAGAGAGA